CAAUAUUAUGAGUCGAGAUCGAAAGAAAUAGAGAAGGAAAACAAAGAUCAAAAACCAAACUAUGGAGAUUAAGAUACGACGAAGACGAGGGUACAAAGCGGAAACAACAGUGGAAAAGGAGGUAGAAGAGGAGGAGCAACCGCUUAGCCCGGCGGCGCGUCUGUUUCACGCGCCGGAGUUUAACUGCUACAUCAUUUCGGUGGUUGGUUUAAAGAACAAGAUCCAACCAGAUGUGAUUAUCGAAGGAAUUAAGCAAACUUUGAUUAGACAUCCUCGUUUCUCCAGUAAAUUGGUGAACAAUUGGAACAACAAUAGACAGGAACAAAAAUGGGUUCGGACAAACGUGGUGGUCGAGGAUCACGUCAUCAUUCCCAAAAUAGAAACGCAAAACAUAAAGAACGCAAACGCAAACGCAGACGCUUUUCUUGAGAGUUACGUCUCCGACCUCACUACGAUCCCGUUAGACACCUCCAAGCCUUUAUGGGAAGUUCAUUUACUCGACUUGAAAACCUCCGAUGCUGAAAACGUCGUGGUUUUAAGGGUCCAUCACUCUUUAGGUGACGGUAUGUCUAUGAUGUCUCUAGUCCUCGCGUGUACCCGUAAAACAUCAAACCCCAAUGAGCUCCCGAGUCUACCGUACCAGAACCGGCCGUCUUCUGGAUCAUCCUCGUUAAAAACCAGUUCAAGAUGUUAUGCCCGGUUCUUUUGGCUGGUUAUGGUUUUAUGGUCGGCAACUAUGUUGGUUCUGAAUACGGUUUGUGAUGCUUUGGAGUUUAUUGCUACGACAUUGUUCCUUAAGGACACUGAAACACCGAUAAAAGGCGACUUCCGGUUAAGCAAGCGUAAACGGAUGUGUUUGGUUCAUCGUACCGUAAGUCUUGAUGACAUAAAGCUAAUCAAGAACGCCAUGAAAAUGGAUCUAGCUGAUAUGAUGGCUAAAGGAUCUAAAUGUAGAUGGGGAAAUUGGAUCGGCUACAUUGUCUUUCCGUUCUCUAUUGCAUUAUGCGAUGAUCCGUUGGAACAUCUCCGAAAAGCAAAGUCGACCAUCGACAGGAAGAAGAACUCGUUAGAAGCUGUUCUUACGUUCGCUGUUGGGAAAAUACUUCUCAAAUCGCUUGGAGUUCAGAGGGCAGCUAAUGUACUAAACAGAGCAUUGUCAAACACAACGAUGUCGUUUUCAAAUUUGGUUGGUCCUAUUGAAGAAAUUAGCUUCUAUGGACAUACCGUUAUUUACAUGGCCCCAAGUGUUUAUGGUCAUCCCCAUGCGUUGACGAUGCAUUUUCAAAGUUAUAUGAACAAGUUGACGAUUUCCUUAACCGUUGAUCCAACGGUCAUUAGUGAUCCUCAUAAACUAUGUGACGAUUGGGAGGAAUCUCUAAGAAGCAUCAAAGCUGCUGUUCAAGAAAGAAGUUCUACUCACAUGGAGAUUAAGACGCGACGACACAUAUCGGAGGACGAGAAGGAAGAGGAGCAACCACUUAGCCCAGCGGCGCGUCUGUUUCACUCGCCAGAGUUUAACUGCAACAUUAUAUCGGUGAUUGGUUUAAAGAGUAAGCUCGAUCCAUGUGUGAUUAUCAGAGGCUUUAAGGAAACUUUUAUCAGGCAUCCUCGUUUCUCAAGUAAAUUGGUGACCGAUGAGAAUGGACAAAACCAAAGAUGGGUUCGGACAAACGUGGUCGUCGAGGAUCACGUUAUCGUACCGGAAAUCAAACCGCAAAACAUAGAGAACACAGACGCAUUUCUUGAAGAUUACGUUUCCGACCUCAUGAAGAUCCCGUUGGACAUCUCGAGGCCAUUAUGGGAGCUUCACCUACUCGACUUGAAAACCUCAGACGCUGAAAACGUCGCUGUUUUAAAGAUCCAUCACUCGGUUGGUGAUGGUAUGUCAAUCAUGUCUCCUGUCCUUGCUUGUAUGCGUAAAACAUCAAAUCGUGAUGAGCUUCCUAGUCUUCCGUACCAGUACCGGUCGUCAUCAGGGCCAUCCCUGUUAACAACCGGUUCAAGAAGUGAUACCCAAUUGUUGUGGCUGGUUAAGGUUAUUUGGACGGCGGUUAUCUUGGGUUUAAACACGGUUUGUGAUACUUUGGAGUUUAUUGUUACGACGUUGUUUGUUAAGGACACCGAGACACCCAUCAAAGGUGAUUUUCGGUCAACGAAGAGUAAACGGCUGCGUUUGGUUCAUCGUACUGUAUGCCUUGACGAUAUCAAGCUAAUCAAGAACGCCAUGAACAUGGAUCUAGCAGAUAUGAUGGAGAAGGGGUCCAAAUGUAGGUGGGGAAAUUGGUUCGGGUAUAUAGUAUUUCCGUUUUCUAUCGCAUUACGCGAUGACCCAUUGGAACAUCUCAAAAGAGCCCAGAAGAUCAUCACUCGAAAGAAGAACUCAUUCGGGGCAAUGCUAACAUACAUUUUCUGUAGAAUCAUUGUCAAAUCGCUUGGAAUUCAGGUGGCGGCUAGUAUAAUAAACAGAAUGGUGUCAAAUACAACGAUGACGUUUUCUAACAUGGUUGGUCCCGUUGAAGAAGUUAGUUUCUAUGGACAUCCCAUCACUUACUUUGCCUCAAGUGGUUAUGGUCAUCCCCAUGCCUUGACAAUACAUUGUCAAAGUUAUAUGAAUAAGAUGACAAUUACACUAAUCGUAGAUCCAACGGUGAUAAGUGAUCCUCGUCGGCUUUGUGACGACUGGGAAGAAUCUCUCCGAAGCAUGAAAGCCGCUAUCCCAAAAAGAGAGUCUCUUCGUUUGUGGGAUUAUCUCAAGCUUCUCAGCAAUAGAAUGGCUUGGUUACUUUACCAAAUGGCUGGACUACUAUACAGAAUGCUUUGAUGCUAAAUUUGGGAUCUUAAUAAAAUAAUCUUUAGUGA